AACUGUCAGCAUGAUCUUGCACUAGCAACGCGAUGGACUAAGUAAGAUACCAGUUUUGUAAUUAGUCAAAGGAAAUAAGGAAAGAACAUGGCUUCACGGAGACACAGAGAAGAUUUCGAUGGCAAAAUCGCAGGCUUGUAUGACAUGGAGGAUACGAUCGGCCGAGGCCAUUUUGCCGUAGUCAAACUUGCAAGACAUGUUUUCACCGGCGAGAAAGUAGCGGUAAAAGUCAUCGAUAAAACUAAAUUAGAUGAUGUUUCAAAGGCUCAUUUAUUCCAAGAAGUAAGGUGUAUGAAGCUUGUUCAACACCCUAACGUUGUCCGGCUUUAUGAGGUGAUCGAUACACAAACUAAAUUGUACUUGAUUCUGGAGUUGGGAGAUGGUGGAGAUAUGUACGACUACAUCAUGAAACAUAAUAAAGGACUAGAGGAAAAAGUUGCCAGACGAUAUUUUAGACAAAUUGUUGAAGCCGUAUCUUAUUGCCAUGACCUACAUGUUGUACACAGAGAUCUGAAACCUGAGAACGUAGUAUUUUUCGAGAAGUUAGGAAUAGUGAAGGUGACCGAUUUCGGUUUCAGUAAUCAGUUUAAACCUGGUUCAAAUUUAGAAACAUCGUGUGGAUCACUGGCAUAUUCAGCCCCCGAAAUUCUUCUAGGAGAUUCAUAUGAUGCCCCAGCUGUUGAUGUGUGGAGUCUUGGUGUCCUCCUGUACAUGCUAGUGUGUGGUAGUCCCCCAUUCCAUGAGGCUAGUGACAGCGAAACUCUUACCAUGAUCUUUGACUGUAAAUACCAAAUUCCAUCUCAACUUUCCAAGGAAUGUAAUGAUCUCAUCACCAAGAUGCUACAGAAGGACCCGGCUGAUCGUAUGUCGCUGGACGACAUAGUAAACCAUGCCUGGCUCAAGUCCGACGAUUCCACAUCAGUGCGGAUGAUGCCACUUAUCUCUCGAGAGCAUCUGUGUGAGGAAGACCACAACUACCUCGUCAAUAAAAUGGUGGAGGGCAACAUCGCAACAAAAGAGGAAAUAUUACAAUCAUUAGAAAAAGACAUGUAUGACCAUAUAGCAGCUACGUUUUACCUACUGGCAGAGCGUAAACUGAAGCGACAACACCAAGAGCAACACAACACUACGGUAAUACGGAAGCACUCAGCACCAGCCUCUCACAGUCACAGCAGGCCAUACCUGGAGCCACUAGCACUAUCCCCUAGACUCCAGGAACUUGAGGAACACUUAUCUACUGGUAAAGAACCAUUCAUUAGCCAAAAAGACAAGGACCAGAAAUCAGAGCAGAGUCGACCAAAGACCAGUAUAGUGACAUCUUUAGUGUCACCUCCAGGGACACACCCAUUCACCUCAACCUCCUCACCUCAGAGUCCUGAACAUGUGAUCAGCAACAUCCCACGCAAGUACAGUCUCAUCAAAGAAGAAUCGAUAGAUGAUGAUGAGGACAGUGACGAUAUGGACAUGGAGGUGGAUCUUAGGUCAGCAAAGUCAGCAGAGAGUCUUGAUGACAGUUACUGUCGCUCACAUACAUCUCUGACUCGUGUCGACAAAGAUUUUUUAAACCCAAAACGACCUCUGGUAUCUGUAGCGAGUUCCCCACAGCUUCUAAAUCAGAUCUGUGAGGAGCAUGAGUCUGAAGAGGAAGAUGAUUAUGUGCCAUCAAAGUUGCAUUCCCCACGUCUGCACAUGAAUCGUAACAGUGCAGCAUCCCCAGAGGUGGUCCGGAAGUAUGUCACUCGUAAAAAACGUGGCAAAGGGUCAAGGGGGACCAGUUGUAGCAGUUCUGAUGCUAGUGAUACGGAUGACACUGAAGGCAGGUCACGGAAAGACAAACUUAAACAUAAAUUCAUGCAUCGCCGAGAUAGCAGUGACCAUUCUAGUGACACAGACGGCGGCCCCUCUGGCCCAAGUGGGGGAAACCUCGGAGGUGGCCCAGGAUUUGGAGGGGGAGGAGGUGGUGGUCACCGUGACAACAAAAAAGAUGAUGAUGGCAAUGGGGGUGGUGGGGGAAAUAAAAAUGGAAAGCGUGGAGGCGGCAGUAACUAUGGUAAUAAGCGCCAGAACUACCAUCACAACAACCUGCAAAUGUCUCUUGGACGUAACAUUGGAGAACUUGGUGUCAACUCGAAUCUGUCAAACCUCAGUCUGAACAGUGUGUCUAGUAAAAACAGCCUUAAGUAUAUUGUGGAGCGUAAUGAGAGUGACAGUGAUGAGGAUGAGGUCAAGGUCAAGGCUAACAAUGACAAACUAGAUACUCAGGCUUCAGUGACAGAUCACAUCAACCAACUAAACUCAGUCAAGUCACGACAGGAGAUUAUCUCACAGGACUUCAGCAAACUGGCUGACCAUGGUCUGAAUGAGAUGUUUAAUGUUAAAAAAAAUGAAAAUAUCAAUUUUGUGUGUUCAACAGACUGUUGUCUGAAUGGGAUGCGUGAAAGGACAGUUAGACACAAGGUCAAGGUCAAAAUGGACAUUAACAGGAAUAAUGGGUAUUGUAAGGGACAUAACUCCAAUUUACAACCAGCACGGGUUCAAACCAAAUGCUGUUCAGUUGUAUGACAAGUGCCCACUAUAGUGAGGUUGUAAUGAUUGAUCAGUUUUACCUCAGACACCCUGUUCACAUAUAUGGUAUUAAGUCAUACAUACAAACCACAGUAGAAUCUGUUUUGUCUGUGGUGCUCUGUACAUUCUCUGGUACAACUAAUCUAUAUUCUAACUGUAGGAUAUUUAAGGUCUGGACUCCUGCAUUCAUCUUUCUCUCAUACUCAUUAUUUAUGUGACUUUUCCCCCCCAAAUAAUCAUUACUCAUGUAAGCAUACACAAUAAACAAGUUUUGUCAUUUUGAACAAAAGACCUUUAGAAUAAUUAACCAUGUGUUGACAAAGAUUUAUGAGAGAAUUUUAUUUUAGAAAAUGUGUACUAGAGAAUGACCUUUUCUUAGUGAAGAUGGGGCAUUUUGUAAGUAUAUGGCUUUGCUAGGUUGUUUCUUUACAGACAGACCUGUGCGAGAAGAGUAUUGUGACAUCAGCACGGAAGCAUGAUGCAUCAGCUGUGGUAACUACAAUGUGUUCACAGUAUCUUGAUGAACGUAAUAGAUCUAGUGAUAUUGUGUUGUCUAUGACCAUUUGGCUUUCAAAGCCGAAUUGAAAUUGAUGAAAUUACAAAUGUAUGUUGUAUUCUAAGACAUAACACUUCUGGUGUAAGGAUCGUAGUCACUUAUCCUCUGAUCAUCAAAUCCAUUUCAAGACGAAAAUACUAAUUGAAUGUAGUAAGGUUAAUAUGAUGAAGGAGCGUUUUUGCUGCUGAGAAGAUUUCUUGUGUUAAGAACUGCUGUAGCAGCAGUAUCAGUGAUUUAGCUACAUCUCACACUGUAAAAUAUAUAACGUGGACCCUGUAACAGGUUUUCUUCUAAUAUGUAUAAUGUGAUAUUUUUGAAUCCACAUUUGAAAGUUUUAUUAGUCUAGGGUUUAGAUAUUGACUGUCUGAAUGGGAUUGUCUUCCAUUAGCCUUGUCUUUGUUCCCUCAAUCCUGUGUUAUAACACACAUUUUUUCAUUAAUAUGUCUUGUCAUACAACAUUUAAGGUACUCGUUAUAAAAAAACUGAGUAUGCAAAACAUUCAAGUCAGGAAUCUAAUGCCUUUCAAGAAUUUUAUCAUAUAUAUCUAUACAUAUUACCAGAUGGCUUAAGGUGUUGUUAUCAUAUGUAUGGCAUUAGCUAUAUAUCAAUCAGGCAUAGCUUUGUUAUGGCAAGAUAAAUUCAUGAGGAGAUUCACUUUGAAGUGAGUUGUAGGGCUCUACACUACCAUGUCGGUUUAACAGCUAGUACUGUUCCGAAUUCUCCCAAACUGUAUUGGUCGCUUUCAUACAUGUACCAGAAUGUGACUUACUUCGAAUACUUUUAUGUACGAAAAACCAUGGCUGACCAUUAGUCAUAUAAGAUAAGAACAGAGAAUUAUUUUUAAUUGAUAAUUGGCAUUAAAGAUCAAUUUUCUGAAUACAGGUAGAUGCAAAGACAGGUUUGAACUUAAUUGUUUUGCACUGCAUGGACCAAUUUUCAGAACUCAUAUUGUUUUUUCUUCUGUUUAAGAGUUUUUCUGUUUAUAAAUGAUACAGCCAAUGAAAUACACUGCAUGUUUUGUUUUUUUUUCCAAUUUAUUAUUGAUUAUUUUUCAUUGUUUUAACAAAUAUUUGUUGUAACUUAACCUAUUCAGAAAGAAAGCAAGUUGUGGAUCAUGAAAAUUUGCCAUGCAGAGACAACACUUACAAAUGACAUGAGUAAGACCCCUCUUCAGACAGUUGACUAAAGCUUAGUUAGGAAGGAUCAUCUUUUGAAAUUCAUAAAAGUUUCUGUAAAAAUAAUAACAAGUACAUUUGCACUUCACAUUACUUUUUUUUUAAUUUGUUAAUUUAAAAUGAAAGAAGGAAUUAGAACAAGCAAAGAUGAGUAGUAGAAUAAUUAGAAAUAUAUUUAUCUUUCUUUCAUUUCUAAGCUCUCCUGAUUGAAUUAAAUUCUAUUGAAGUAUAACAAAAAGAAAUAUUUGGUCACUAAAUCUGUCAGAUUUGGCUUUACAUAUCAUAUCGAGCUAAGCAUGAGAUUUUUCACAUUCACUCUGAUAUAAUUGUAAUAUGUAUUGUAUAAAAUUUAUUGUAAUAUGUAUUGUACUAGGGGAAGACUUUAUGAUGGACUUAAAAUUAAUAUUGUAAUCAAGGAAUUUAUAAAACAAAAAAAAAAAAACAAAAAAAAAACAAUCGCUUUGGAGAAUAAAAACCAACAAGGAAAGAAAUCAAAUUUCAAAACUGAUAUGUGUGGUUGCUCUUUGUUUACUUUAAUAGCAAAUAUUUGCAAAGACAUUUUCAUUUCAGAGAUUAAAGUAUGUGUGAUUAUCCAAAUUGAUAGAUAUGAGACGUGAUCAAAUAAAUAUGAUUAGGGUUAUCUCCUUCAUAUAAGUGGAAUAAUAGACUGGACAAAUAUAAGUUCUUUUAACUUAAAAAUCAAUCUGCAUAGAUGUAUAAUAAAAAGCAUGCAGAUAGAAAGUUUUGCAAGGUGCUGUCCAUUUUUUUAACACAAUUUCACUUUUGUUUAUGUUUUUGAUUCUUGGUUUGUGUAUAAGAAAGUGUUACACAUUUUUAACUGUACAUGUAUCUUUACAUGUAUAUAAGUUCAUAUACAAUCAUUUUAAAACAUGCAUGUGAUUGAUUGGAUUUUAUUCAUGUACAUGUUUUUGCAGGAUCUCAGCAUUUUCUUUUUAACAUUGAUUUUAAUUGACUUCCACACCAUGCAUGUUGAAUUGUUUCAUGAUAUUAAAUCUUUUUUUAAAUGCCACACAUUUUAUCUGUAGUAUUUAAAAACUACAGAAUUGUCUGACAUACUCUUGUAGGAAGACCUGAAGUAAACAUCCAUAUCUUAACACGAUGUAGCUGCAUUUUUCUGUUAAACUCAAAACAUCUGAGUAUGUUAAUUGCCAAAUUUGAAAUAUCUAUUUUCAUACUUAAUAGAUACAAGUAGUAGUAAAACAGGGCGUAUGUAACUUGAAGAGUGUCUGUUAUGCUAUAAUUGUGCCAAAAACAGGUCCUUCAAGAUGCGCACAAAAAUAGAAUUUUGCAGAAAUAUGUUCUUUCAUUCGAGGUCAAUCUUUAAGUUUAAUAUUUAAAACAUAUCAAAUUCAACUUUUUGUGAUAUGAAAAUACUUGAAAAGUGGAGUAUCUCUUUGAUGUGUCAGUCCACCACCAAAUGCCAUGGUUUCAUUUUAACCUCCUCUCCUGAUUUGUGCUUUGAAGUGAUGUUACAGAAAAUGGGGACCAUAGUUAGAAACUGGAUUGAUGUAUCAGAUAUUAAGCAGAUUAAAAGCAUAUAAAAAUCUCAGGGUAUUUAUUCUAGGGAAGAGUGUGUUGCUUUAUUCAAUUAUGUAGACAGUAAGAAUUAUAUACCACUGUACUGAAAAUUUAGUUGUCGAAAAAGCAUCAUUUGUGUACAGGGAAUGUUUUCCUGAUUUUAAGUACAAUCACAGUGUGUGGAUUUUGUCUAGAUAGAUUUUGUAUAUAGUGUACCUACCUGUAUAAUUUCAACAUAGUGUGAACAUCUUUAGUCACAUAAUGAAGGCACAACACCCAAUGUUAAAAGUCUAUCCUUAUCCAGUAUGUGAUUCUAUAGAUACCAUUGUCUGUUUAGGUCUGUGGUGGUUUUAUGCUGCCAACUGUAGUGAGUAUUUAAAGUGACUAGAGAACCUUCGUCAAACAAUUACAUCAAACAAGGUCUUUAGGGCCCUGAGCUUAGGGAUGACAAUGAAACUGGAGUCUUUUGCUGACACUGUCUGUUUUAAGUUGUGGUCUUGUGGUGUAUAAACCAGCUAGUGCCAACUGGAAACUCAUUGUUCAAUAGUACAGGUUGGUAGUUGCACAAAUGGAUACAGAAUUGUUGUUGGUCUGUUUCUGUAUUCUGUGUGUAGUUGAAGUUCCCUAUGUUAGAUUAAUACGAUACCAUAUACCUACCCUAGCUUGUCUUUCCAGUUCUGUAAACAUAGAAUAGAUAAUAUUUGUAUGAGCUUUGAAUUGAUAAGAAAAAAAAUAUAUUUAAAAGUUUUACUUGUUUUGAUGAGAGUGUGAUGGAUAUUUUCUGCUGUACCCUAACCUGGAUGUUGAUUUAAACGAUAAAGUUAACUUAUAUAGAUAACAUUGAAUAUCUCUACACGACAAAAAUGCAGCCAAAUUUGUAAUUAACAAUAACUGAACUUUAGAGAAAAUGAUAAGUGUUGAAAUUGUCAAACCUGAGAAAGGAGUUUUCCAGGACAUUCUUGUUACAAAUUUGUACUUAAAAACGAUAUGUUUUAAGUAACUUGUUCUCCUGUUGGAUUAUUUAAAACUUUGACCAAAUUUUUAAGGAUUUAUAUCAGAGGAACCUCCACAACUCUACAACCAUUCUGUCCUGGUCAUUUUAUUCAGCCCCACAGCGCUACUGUAUCAUCAGUCCAAAUUUCUUUCUUCUCAUUCCUCAUUGAAUUGGUGGAAUAUCCAGGUUAGUGCUAUUUCUUUGUAGUGUUACCUGGAGGUUUUGUCUCCGCCUUCAUUAAAUUGUCUGUGUAUAGUCACCUCAAUUUACUUAUAUAUGGUUGGUCUCCUUCACACCUUCAUCCUCAUGGAGUAUUUAAAUAGAAAUAUUCAAUUUGCUUUUGUUUACUGAAGUAAAGAGUACAUGCUCUGCAUCAACAAAAGUGAAAAAUAAUGCAUGUUAAAUAGUACUAUGUUAGCAUUUAAGUUGAUUAUGUCAGAGUUAACCAGGAAACAUUUUUCAUUGAUUGCCACACAGUGAUAUUUUGUCAAAUCAUUUUUGUUGAUUGGAUUUUCUCUCUUUUUUUAAAUCAGUUCUAAGAGUUGAAUUUAAGUUGGCAUUGAUUCCUAGAGUUGAAACAAGUUCAUUCCAACUCAUUGUACUGAACUAUGAAGUUUGUUUUUUCAGUGUUUUGUGUUUCUGCAUUGGGACUGUUACAUGCAUGUCAUUUUCACAAGCUCUUCAACACUAUCCUUUUGAUUUCUAAGGCCUUUCUUUUGUACCAUGUAUGGUAUUUGGCUCAGUUUUCUUAUUCUGCUAGGUUGGCCUUCAUUAUAAUAAAGACAUUUGACAUAAUAUAUUAAGAUAUGAUCCGUGUCAAAAUGUGAACAUUAAUUCUACUGUUGGAGUUAUUCCCCUUUUUUAUUUAUCCUAGAUUACAAAGUGAUAAUUCUGUGACAUUAUCAGGUAUUUUGUUUUAAGAGUGUUUUUACAGAGCUGUUGUGUUUAAAAGUUCAAGGAGCUGGUCUCCGUGAAAUGUAAUUUUUUAUGUCAGAUAUGAUAGAAUUGCGUCAGGUUUGACGGCCAUCUUUGUUUUGUGUCGUGGUACAUAGUGUGUGUGGUGAGGGGGUGUGGCUAUUGUAUAAUGUACGUUGUACUGAAUGGUGUACACUUUGGAUAGCUUACUUUGUAAUGUUGUGCACAUUUGAGGUAUUUUAUUAUGUACACUCUUUGCAGCUACAUAAUAUUCUUCAAAUGCAAUUCUCACAUAGCAUUAACAGUUAUCUCUCAAGACAUGAUUGUCUAAAUGCCUUUGUGUCAGAAUAAAAUUUUCCCAAAAUACCUAUUCUCUAAAAUCAACUUCUCUAAAUGUUAUUCUGUAUAUACAACUUUCUCUAACAUGUUUUCUAUAAACAUCCUGCUUUUCUGAAUACAUUAUUUUGUAAAUAGUAUUUUCCCUGAGUACACUGUCUUCUAAAUAUGUUCUCUCCAUACUUUAUUCCUUAUUACACUCAACCCUGUGAUAAAGAGUGCACCACUAUACAGUGUACAUAUUACAAUUGUACAGUUUAUAUAUCUGUCCUGUACUCUGUAGACAAGAUUUUGUAUAUAUACUACAUGUAUGUACAUAGUGCUGCACAGUGUACCUCGCACGACACAUAUUGUCUUAGUCUUGCAUACGUUGUACAUAGCACUAUAGGUAUGUAGGAAGUACUUUUGUACAUAAUUUUAUUGUCUUGUACAAUACUCCUUAAGAAGAGAAACAAGUUAUAGUUGUUAUUGGUAUAUACUGUUCAGCACUUUAAUUUUCAAAAAAAAAAAUAGAUUUUUGUUUGUGUUUUGGGGUUGGGUUUUUUUCAUUCUUUAGGGGAUGGGGGCAAGGAAAUUGGCAUCCUAAAGCUUUAUCAAUUAUCACUCCAAACAGAAACAAUUACAAUGUUAAGACUUUGUUCUUUACUUUUUCUGUUCUUUAUGAAAUAUCGGUACGAUUGCUUAUCCUUGAUGAAAUAUAAAGUUAAAAAUCCAACUGGAUAAACUGGAUAAAACUAUGGAAAUAUAGGAACAGUGUAUGUGGCUGAUCAAUGUUUAUGUAAAUACUAAUUGUUAUUUGUAUGGGCAACCAGCAUUGUACUUGUUUGUUUCUUUGUCUGUGUGCUGCAUAAAGGAUGUAUAUUUGUAUAGCAAAACUGUGACAGAACAUACACACGAUGUUGUGCUCUUCACCAGGUGGAGUGUGUGAGCACAUCUUGUUGGUCAUCAGCAUGUCACAUGUUAAGCAUGCUCUGCAGUUUCUACUUUCUGAAUCACACAUAUUUUGCUAUAAAGUAAUGACAAAAUUGUAUGAUCUGAAUGUAACAUGCUGGUGUUUUGUGAAGUUCAGGUUGUUUGAAAAUAAGUCUUAAACAUAUGGUGUAUUGUGACAAGGCAUGAUGGACAGUGCCACUCAAUAUACCGAAAGUAAGGGUAUCUUCAUAUUUUAAGUCGGAAGUAAUGGCUUAGCAUCAUGGUAUUUUCUACCACGGAGAUCAGUUUUGCUUUAAAUCAUAACUCUAGGAAAAUGAGAGUUUGCAUAUAUAUUGGACAGAGACGUUUGCAUAAUGGAUCUUAUUUGUACAUCUUUUAGUACAAAUAUAUGUCAUUUAAUACUCGGAAAGUGAGAUUGGUUUUCUUCUGGGUUGUAACAGAAACAUUUGUUUAGAAAAAACACAGUACUUAGGGAUCUGUAUUCUUAUCUUCAACUUAAAAAAUAUUAUGUAGAAACUUCAAAAAGUGUGUUUCAUAUAUGAUGUCGCUGUUAUCCAACUCAUUGUCAAUUCGAUGUAAAGAAUCUGUUGAAUAAACAUCAAGGAUACCCAUGUCAAACAU